ACUGUGAGAUACUUCUGUGCCGUGACGGUGAAACUAACACGAUUGUUUUCCUCAGUUCCCAACCGCCGAAGCAAAGCUCUCUCUCUCUCUCUCUCAAACACACACGCUCGGAGCCGUUGAGAACUGAGACUUUUUGAUCUGGACCGAAUCUCGAAACCAGUCCACUUGACUAUCGCUCCAAGACUUAGUUGAUUUUGGGGAAGAGUAGUUUCGCCAUCGGUAAGAGCAGGAUUUUUGGCUCUCGUUGAUGGAGCUCGAUUGCAAUUAAUGUGCUGAGAAGCUUGGGUGAUCUGCUGCAAUGCGGUGGAAAGGGGUGUUAGUAUCGUUACUAUGUCUUGCCACUUCGGGUGAAUCAACAGACAUGAUUUCUAGAUUUUCUUCUAUAGCUUUGGGUACUGAGACGUCUUCCCUGUACAAAUGGACGGUUGCCAGUGCGGGGAUAUUCGUGGCAGUGGCGCUUCUUUUGUCUACGUUUCUUAUCUUUGAGCAUUUAGCUGCGUACAAUAAGCCUGAGGAGCAAAAAUUUUUGGUUGGCCUGAUUCUGAUGGUUCCUGUUUAUGCAGUGGAAUCGUUCUUGUCGUUAUUGAAUGAAGAUGCUGCAUUUAACUGUGAAGUUAUCCGGGAUUGUUAUGAAGCUUUUGCUUUGUAUUGCUUUGAGAGAUAUCUCAUAGCCUGCUUAGGCGGGGAGGACAGUACCAUUGAAUUUAUGGAAAACCAGAACUGGAUCACUUCUAGUCUACCUAUUAUAGAUGAAACUUAUGCUUAUGGAGUUGUCGAGCACCCUUUUCCAUUGAAUUGUUGUCUGAGGGAUUGGAAACUCGGCUCCGAGUUCUAUCAAGGCGUGAAAAUUGGCAUCGUCCAAUAUAUGUUACUGAAGCUGAUAUGUGCCUUACUAGCAAUGCUCUUUCAGUCUUUGGGUGUAUAUGGAGAUGGAAAGUUUGAAUGGGGUUAUGCUUAUCCAUAUUUGGCAGUUGUUCUCAACUUCAGCCAGACUUGGGCCUUGUAUUGCCUUGUGCAAUUCUAUUCUGUUACCAAGAAUAAGUUGGCACCUAUUAAGCCUUUGGCUAAGUUUCUGACUUUUAAGUCGAUUGUGUUCUUGACAUGGUGGCAAGGUGUUGCCGUAGCUUUUCUUUUCUCUUUUGGAGCUCUGCAAGGGUCGCUAGCACUGGUUCUGAAAGCACGUAUACAAGACUAUAUUAUCUGUAUUGAGAUGGGCAUUGCUGCUGUGGUACAUCUAUAUGUGUUUCCAGCUGGACCUUACAAACGUGGAGAGAGAUGUGUAAAAAAUGUAGCUGUGCUGGCAGAUUAUGCAUCUUUAGGAACUCCACCAGAUCCAGAGGAGGUUCGAGAUAGUGAACGAUCAACUAGAGUUCGUUUUUCUCGACAGGAAGACAGAGUGCAAACUCCAAAGCUCCAUCAGAGUGUUCGUGAUGUGGUCAUCGGUAGUGGUGAAAUUAUUGUCGAUGACAUGAAGUUCACAGUAUCGCACGUUGUAGAACCGGUUGAAAGAGGACUUGCAAAGAUCAACAAAACUUUCCAUAAGAUAUCCGAAAAUGUGAAACGGUAUGAUGAGGAGCGUAAGAAGUCAGAAGAUGAUACCCAUCUCGUCCCUUUGAUCUCGGGAAAAGAAUUCUCGGACGUGCAUGACAACCUUCCCGAAGGCAGUUUGAGUGACAGCAGUGUUUCGGAUGGGAAGAGGCCUCAGUACAAAUCUAGAAGUCCGUCUUGGUUGAAACACAGAUAACAUAUUUUUAUCACAGGUGACUAUCUCUAACUGCACUUGCACAGUUUGAGUAUCUACUUCUUAGGUUAGGCGUAAUGAUGCAGGAAAAUACAUCUUGUAAAUCUGAGUAACCUUUUAGGAUUCUAACCGCGAUGAGACAUUGUUUUUAUGGUGUCCGAUCGCAUUGUUUCUAAGGGAUACAAACUGACACUAUCCAGAAUUAAACUUCCUCUUGCUGGAGUAGUUUGCAAUUGAAGGAUAUUCAUGUAACAAACAUCAUAUGUGGAGUAAUAUCUAAUGCAGUUUUAUGUCUACAAA